CGCGGGCAGCAGCGCUCGGGAGCGGCGCCGGCCCCGCUGUGCGCGAUGGCCCCGGAGCGCGGGGAGCGGGCGCUGCCCGCCGGCACCGAGGGGCUGCCCCGCGCGUUCCUGCAGAGCCUGCGCACGCUGUUCGACAUCCUGGAUGACCGGCAGCGGGGCUACGUGCACUUGCGGGAGAUCGAGUCGCGCUGGCGCGGCGCGGAGGCGCGGGAGCUGCCUGCAGGGGUGAUGGCGGGGUUGCGGCGGGCGGCGCCGCCCAGCGGGUUCCUCACCUUCGAGCGCUUCGUGCUGGGGCUGCGCGCGGCCCUGCCCGAGGCCCCCGCCGACAGCGCCCGCCGCGGCGCCGAGCGGCCCCCGAGCCCCCGCGGGGCCGGGCAGAGGGGACCGGGGCAGCCCCGCGGCGGAGGUGGUGAUGCUAAGGCUGCUGGCCAAUCCCAGGGAGAUGGUAGCCACCCAGGGGCUGGGGACACUCGAAGGCAUCAGAGGGGACGUGCGGAACACCGGAGGCACACCAUCACCAAUGGCGUGGACUUCAGUGUGCUGAAGCACAUGAAGGAGCUGGAACAGGAGAAGGAUUUCCUGCUGCAGGGUCUGGAGCUGGUAGAGCGCGCCCGGGAGUGGUACCACCAGCACAUCCAGCUCAUGCAGGAACGCCAGAGGCUUCUAGGGAAGAACAAAACCAGUGCUGAGUUCCUUCCUGAGGGCAGCCAGAGCCACCUGGGGUGCCUGGUCCCCAAGCUGCAGGAGGUGAACCGCUCCCUGGGUGACCUCCUUUCCACUGUCGGCAAGCCAGCAAACCCCUCCUCAGCUCUGAGCAGGCCGGUCGCCACGACGUCCCCAGCCUCAUCAGGCUCCCAACAAGCCAUCAACAUGCUGAAGGAGCAAAACCGGCUCCUCACCAAGGAGGUGAGCGACAAGAGUGAACGCAUCACCCAGCUGGAGCAGGAGAAAUCUGCUCUAAUCAAGCAGCUCUUUGAGGCUCGUGCCCGCAAUAACCAUGAAACAAGCCAGCUGGACUCCACUUUCAUCUAGCACUCUGCUCUACAUCGUUGAGCUUCCCGGGGCUCUAAUGGGACUCUUGCCCAGAACCCACCGCACCCAUUGCUCCAGAUGUUGUAUCUUGAGGUCUGGAGCUGCCAGUGGCAUCACUGCAGGAGGAAGCUGGGAAGGUGUUUCGCUGACCCUACCUGGGGAGCACCCUUGCACUGCUCUCUGCUGGGCUUUCCAGCCGUGCUGCUCUCAAGCUGCUCUUUUUCUAUUUCAAAAGACUGCAGGGAUUAAAGCCCCAGUCCCCAUGAUCCCUGGUGUGCCGGGGAAGCAGCUGCUGCCCCUACUGCUCGGGCAGAGGGAGCUGCCGUGCCCAUGGGCCUGACUUAGGCUGAAGUUUGGCUGCUCUUGGAAAAAGUAAUGCAUCUUCAACGCUCUGGGCAAGCCUCGCCUUUGCAUGGUGGCUUGGCCCCUGCUUGUCCUGCUGUUGGAAGACAAGAUUGAAAAUCCAGUGGGAUAUGUCUGGCCCCGCUCUGCUGCCUGAGUUCUGCCUGAUGAUGAGGCUAUACUGGGCCAGCACAGUGCCCAAGCUGGUGCUCCUCCUGGCGUAAUCCCUCCUCCCAGUCUGCGGUAGAGAUGCCAUAGUCACUGUUUACAUGUCUGCAGGCUCCAGUAGUUAAUGAGCCAUAGACCCAGACGAGGUCGCCCGUACUUCUGAGCUGCUCUUUCAGGCUGUGUGCGGAUGGAGGCAGACACUUCUGGUUUAUAUUUUUUGGUGACAGGUUUAUAUUUUUUUAACAAUGACUUUAAAAGCAGAGGUGCUGUCUUACAGCGCAAGAACGCUGGCACAAGCCUGGUUUCACAGAGGGGCUUUAGGACAAGGGUUUGUAUUUACUGCACGUGGGUGACUGAGCAGAGGCUAAUGGGCUUUUUCAUUUGCACAUCUCCAAGUGGAGAACUGGCAGCUUUGCCUGUCCUGGUGGUGGGUGCUGUCUUCCAGGCGUGACAGCCUGAGUGUGAGCUGUACCCCUCUCCUGGUCUCCUGGGGUGGUGGUCCAAAUGUGAGUCACGUUAGAUCGGUGCAUCUCCGGAUACCUCCUGCCCACCCAGCUCGGUGAUGCCACCUGAGCUGACCAAAGUCUUCCCCUGUGGCUUAGUACUAGGGAUUUAUGGUACUUUUAGAGGAGAUCUUUGCGACACUCCCCCACCCCGCCAUGUAGCAGAGGCCUGGCCCUCCAUAUAUCCAAGACCAGGACCUUUCUCUCCAGCAUUGAUUCAAGCUCUGACUUCCCUGACGCAAUGCUAUGGCACAAAGCACUGAGCUGGGCAGAAGGUGCAUGGUCUGCCCUGCCCUGGGCACCAUGCAGACGAGUUCCUUUCUCACUACUGUUCUAAUCUGUCCCAUCCAGCUCCUCUCUGAGAUGGAUCUUGACCUGAAUCUCACUGAAAGGCAUGAAUCCUUGUGCCUGCCCUCAUGUCUGCUGCGCUGUGGGUGUCAGCAGGGUGCCAGGGUGGGAGAGGAGGAGCGAGGCCAUGGCUAGCCCUGUCCCCUGUCUGCAGGAGUAAGGUGUUAGUUGUCCUCUGGGCAUUGGUGCCCACCGCUGGUGUCCAGUGCCUGUUUUGCCUGAGGUUUAAUUCAAAGUGACCGUCUUUAUGAGGAGGGUCUGUAGGGGUAAUAAAGUGGGGUGAACUAUUUAUCCUUGUGUCUCUCUGCCUAAAUCUGCCCGUCUACUGCUGUGAGCUUUGGAGUGCCUGUCUGUCCUCUCCCAUGGCGUGUGGUGGGAGCUGAGGCUGCACAUUGACGGCUUAAGCACAAGGAGCCCAGGGCAUCUGCUCCGGGCUGUGUUCCCAUGCCCUUUCCUGUCCCUCCUGGGCUUCCCUGUGCUCUGUGCUGGGGACCUCCAAUCUCUCCUGGCUGCUGUGGGAAGGGGUCAUGAAGCCACCAGCACCCGUUGUAGUGCUUGUAGCUUCAUCUGGCAGCUCCUCCAGAAGCUGUGCUGGGGACUCCUACUCCUCAGGCCAUGCUGGUGCCGUUCACAACUUCUUAUUUCUUUCCAAGCUCCCUCUCUCGGAGCUGGCCCCGAGGAGGCCGUUGGGAAUCUGAUGCUCUGCAGUCGCUCCUUGCUGGAGGGGACCUGGCUGGCCCAGUACCUGCGGCACAUCCUGCUGUGGCACAUCUUGCUGUGACACCUGCUCGGGGUGAGCCCAGGGCUCCACGGCAGCCAGAGGCACCUUCCUUGGGCCCCCAGUGCCCUGCAGAGCCCACCAGGGCUGAGCUGCCCGUGCCACCCCUGCCAGGACAGGGACUGCAGCCAAGUCCCCCGCAGCUGGGAGAGAGAUCUUUGCUGCGGCCUCUUUUAAGUGGUGUGAGAGCAACCACGCGUCCCGGACAGGGCCAGGGGGGAGCAGCCGAUAAUUGCCCUCAGUUCCCAUUUCAUGUCUUUGCUUGGAUGCAAAGCCUGUGAGAGCUUUCAAAGGACAGAGAGGAUCAUUGUCCCUGCUCUGUGCAGAGCCAGGGCAGCUCUCCUCGUGGUCCAGGGCACUGUCCUGGCCGUGGGCUGGCAGGGCUGGCCCUGGGCUCCCUUCCCGUGGGGCUGCUGGCCUUGUCCUGGCUGCACUGCUUCUGGGUCCCACUCGUGCCUGACCGUCUUUGGUCUGGGCUGUGUCCACUCAGGCACCAUGAACACUGGGGCUGUCACCUCUGUAGUGAUGCUCCGGGAGCCACCAGACCUGGAAUGGUAGCCACUGAAAUGAUGUGCUGGGUGACAUGGGUGGAUAUCUUCCCUUCUCUUCAGCCUCUGCACCUGCUAGAGCUGGGUUUGCACAGAUCUGUGAACCUGCUGCUGGGGCUCUGGUCACAUCUGGAAACUGUUGCAUGAAGUCUGCAGUGGGAAUAACUGGAGAUGCUCCUUCCAACGCACCUCAGAGCAGCACCUCCACGCUCAAGGUGUUAAACCCAGGUGCAGCACCAUGUAGUCCGCACUCAUCUCACCAGGCAUUGACUGCAGUGCCAGGAAGAGAGCAUGUGGGAGUCCCUGCUGCUGGAGCCUUGUGAUGGAGGGACUGGUACUGGGAGCAGAGCGUGUUUGGCCCUCGUCUGAGCUCAGCACUGAGACGUGCCCUGCCCUCAAGCUGCCGCAGGGGAUGCAGGAUCUCAUCCUCUGUGUCCUCAGCCAUGUGGUUUGGGAAAGAUCCAGUCAGCCAGGUCUAUUUGUAGUUUCCCUCUCUUCUCCUGCCCAGCUCCAUGCCCUUCUCACGCCCUUGGAAGCUGGGCUGCGUGCCCAGCUACCCCCUGACAGAAGGGCCACUCUCCCGGCAGAGCAAUUAUCCCAAAUGCCAGCAGGAACAGAUGCAUCUUGGGGCCCAGCCUGUACGUUUUGUGCUUUUUUAUUUUCUUCCCUGCCACACGGUCAGAAUCUGCUCUGGCCACUGCAGGUCCGUGCUGCCCCGAGCAGUUUGCAGCAGCUCCAGCACCCAGCACACUGUCAGCAAACACGCUCUGCACCCACUUGCUUGCUCUUGCCCGUGCAAAUCCAGGGGAGAAGAACUGAGGAUCUGAAGACCUGGAGAAGCCCCCAGGGCCUGAAGCUGAGCCUCACCAGGACAGGGAGCUGGGCCAUGCAGGGAUGUCUUGGCUAAGGAGGUGCUUUGCCCAUCCCAGAACUGAGAGCUGGUACUGGGCACCUCUUGCUCAUCCCCUGGUGCGCUCAUCAGGUGGUCUCCUGCCCCAGUCCAUCCCCCCACCUUGUGGUCGCAGCCCUGCCUGUAACCCAGGCUCCAGCUCACCAGUGCUUUUCUCCUCUUGCCAGAGAUAAAACUGGCUGUGCCUUAGCAGCAUUACCUGGCGCGUGCUCCAUGCUCUCCGUUCCUCCUCCCUGGCAGCGGCCACAGGAGAGUUUUGGUUCCCACUGACACUUGAGGCACAGUGAAGCACAUAUGUGCACCCAAGUGGCAGCGGACAGGGUCUGUCCUACCCUCUGCAGCCCUGGGUGAGCCUCUGCUGCAGCAUCCCAGCUCAUUCCCAGGCGGACACCAGGGCCGCAGCUGUGCCAGGGGCCCCCAACAU